AUGUAUGCCCAGGUGGUCGUUGCUCUGGAGGAACAAUCCAACAGAAUAUCUGCUAGCGCAGUAGGUACCACUACAACUUCUACCACGCCGUCAACCAUGAUCGUCCAUCAGCCCUUGCAAAUGCCCAUCCCUACUUUCGAUGGUCGUUACGAAAGUUGGCCAAAAUUCAAAUCGAUGUUCAAGGAUUUAGUUGACAAAUCUCCUGAUUCUCCGGCUGUUAAACUUUACCAUCUUGAGAAGGCACUGGUUGGGAGCGCAGCCGGUUUGAUUGAUGCAAGAACGAUUCACGAGGGAAAUUAUGUUCACGCCUGGGAAAUCCUAGAAGAAAGAUUUGAAAACAAGCGACACACUGUAGAUACCCACAUCGUCGGCUUGUUUAACUUGAAGAAAAUGGUGAAGGAGAACCAUCUCGAAUUACGGGCUCUUAUUGAUGAAUGUACCAGACAUGUGGAAGGACUUAAGUUCCUGGACCAGGAGUUCACUGGAGUUUCGGAAUUGAUGUUGAUCCAUCUAUUGACAUCAGCUUUGGAUAAGGAUACCCGCCGUCAUUGGGAAGGUACGGUAAAGCAUGGCAGCUUGCCAAGUUAUUCCGAUACACUGAAGUUCUUGAAGGAACAGUGUUUCAUACUGUGA